CCUAACGGACGAGACGAGAUGGGAGUGAAAAGUGGAAACUAUCUGCGAGGGGACGGGCGCACGUUUCCAAAGAAGGGUCAGACUGUGGUGGUGCACUAUGUGGGAUCGCUGGAGGACGGGAGGAAGUUUGACUCGUCGCGGGAUAGGAACAAGCCGUUCAGGUUCAUCAUUGGUCGGAAUGAAGUGAUCCGCGGCUGGGAGGAGGGCGUGGCACAGAUGAGUGUGGGGCAGAGGGCGAGACUCACCUGCUCCCCCGACUUUGCCUACGGUGCAGCCGGACACCCCGGCAUUAUCCCCCCCAACUCCACCCUGACCUUUGAUGUGGAGCUACUGAAGCUGGAGUGAGCGCCCCUCAUAGUGGGUAGGUGCAGAGGUUCCUGCCCAGCCGGUUGCCAGGGGCAGAGAGUGCAGGACACAGACCGGAUGCUGCCUGACCCCCCCCCCCCCCCUCUCCAUGCCCCACACUCUGCCCCUCGGCUUUCCUGACCAGAACACUGACCACUCACAGCCAGCGAUGCAUCAGCCCUGGGGCCAAUGAGGGGACGGGGCCCUAUGUGUGUUGGUGCCAGUCUGGGGGGGCCUUUCAGGGUGGGCUGGGCACUGCUAGGGGUGCUGUGAGUGAAAGUGUUGGUUUUUCUUACUGAUUCUUAUCAUGGGGUGCAGUUAUCCCCCCCCCUCCCUCUUUGUGGCAGGUCCCCAUUGUGUAGGCAGCAUGCCCCUCCCCCCCACUGCACUCUCCAAUAAACUGCUUUUCUCUA